AUGGCGGCAGUUGCCAAGCCUCACUAUCGGGGAUUUCACGACUCUCCCACCACGCUCGAAGAAGGAAAAACGGAACAUGUGUUCCUAUUCCCGGUUCAAAAGCAGGACAUCAUGACUUUUCUUGUUCUUUUGUCUCACACAGCACGGACAUUCGGAUGGGUGCGCUCCCUGCUUGGCACAGAUCUUGCCCAAAUUGGGCGAUAUGAGAUUGCCACGACGGACAAGCCUAUGUCGUACAUGCCUCGCGAUUGCCCGCUACGACAGGAAUGUGCCGACUUCCCUCGCUUCAACCGGGGCAACAGAAGACAGGACAAGAUACAGGAGCGCAUGAUUUAUUUGGGGGAAUUCGUCUCGUCGCCGUUGCAGGCCGCGUGGCCGGCCGCUCUAUGUCAUGUCUCUGGUGGCGUGUCCUCGGUGAUUGUCGUUGGAUGCGGGAAAAGAAAGGAAAGUAAAUAG